CGAACAUGGAUGGUAUUUGAACAACACAACCGAGGAGAACGAAAGCAAAGUGAAAGAGUACUUCCGUAGGAUCUCGAGUCACCCACGCAAGAUCGUCCGAGCAUUGCGGGAUUGCAAUGUCGAAUACUUCGUGCCUUUGCGAAUUUUACUAGAGGCGUUGGAGUUGAAUUGUGAGCAAUGGUUUAAAAAUGCGAAAACGGAUUAUACGGAAGCAAACUCAACACAGUCGCAAGAGAUCCAACUAAUCAACAAAGUGAAUAAGCGAAUCCGGAAUUUCUGGACAGCAGAGGACUUCGAAUAUGCAGUCUACGCGGCCGAAAAAGUCGUCAGAUCGAUGCCGCGUGCCGCUAGGCAUAGGAUUUUAGGACUGUUGGUUAGGAUAUUCGUGAACAACUUUGAUCCUAACAGCAGUUCACCAACAUCUUCAGACAAGAAGAAGACCAAGAUUCUAUCCGCCUACCAUGGAAUCCAUAAGCACAAUGAAGAAGCAGCUGAGCUGUUGCAUCGGCAUACGCUUUUGGUGCGGUUUUUUGCCGCGAUACCCGGAGACUUGAUGAUGAUGACGGGGUCGGCAAAGCCGACAACUACAACUUCUAUUGCUAGACGAGGACAACAAGGAACAACAAGCACAUCGAGUAGUGGAGGCGGUCUUUUCAUCGAUGUCCUGGAGAACGAUUGCUUCGUGGAAUUCGAUGAAGUCUGCCGCUCCUUGUGGUUCUCCUUACUCCAAGAGGACGAUCAGGCGCCAUUCAGCGAUGAUCAUGAGUUUUUGGCUCUAAGUAGUUUCGAGGAGGUGGGAAAACCAAAACAACAGCUGGAAGUAGACAAAAUCGACCCACUGAGUCCAACGCAGCGUUUCCUCUCGCAAAAGCGACUCGAAACCGUGAAUCGGCUGCUAGCACGGCAAAAGCCUGUCAAUCUCGCUUGCGGCAGCCGCGUACUCUGUGUUGGUUUGUCACGAAUGCUCUACAUUGCAAGUCGGCGACAAGAAAUGC